CAGCAGUAUUCGGUGAAUGAUUCAGUAAUCAGUAUUCAGUAAAGGGUAAAUACCCGGUAAACUUAAAAGUUUCAGUAACUUUUAAUGAUUAAACUAAACGAAGCAGCGAAUCCUGGCGAUAGGACCGGUGGAACCAGUAGUUGUAGCGCUGUUCAAUAAAGUUCAGAACUAGCUAUUACAGUAUUUAGUUUCGAAUUUCACCCAGCGUUAAAUCAAAGCAUGGAAACAAAUGUUCAUAUCGAGGUGCUGAGACAGGAGAAAAGUACUUUACCAGAAGGAGAACUGAAAGCCUUGGUCAUUCAAGAAUUGAAGAAUGCUGGCGGAAUCGUACCAUCUUCUAUCAUCAAGUUUUUCAAGAAUGAAACUCUAAAAAAUCAUGUGGAGGAGAUACGAGUUUGUGAAGUCUUCAACUCUAACAUCGAAAAUGAAGAGAUUUGGGGUCAGUCUCCUCGUCCUUUGGAAGAUGUGAACGUACAAAUUUAUAUUUACCGUCUGAACAGUGAUGAUAUGCAAGCAGAGUUAAUUACAAUGGAAGAUGGAACGGAAGUAACCUGCGCUGCCAACCACUGCCUUUUGCCCAACUUAGAGUUUCAUAUGCUUUGGGAAAGUUUAGUUUAUGACACCACUGUCAAACAUCAAUUACUGAAGUGUGCUGAAACAACCAUGCUCUUUUCCCAAAAAGGAGUGAAUCCAACAAUCAUUAAUUGGAAUAAAGUUGUCCUAUUACAUGGUCCUCCUGGCUCUGGCAAAACAUCCCUGUGUAAGGCGUUGGCCCAAAAAUUAUCCAUUCGUCUGAGUCACAUGUACAGGUACGCGGAAUUUAUGGAGAUCAACAGUCACAGCUUAUUUUCGAAAUAUUUCUCCGAGAGUGGAAAAUUGGUAACAGAAAUGUUCAACAAGAUCAAAGAGCAGUUAGCCUUCAAAGAAUCUUUUGUUUGUGUGUUAAUCGAUGAAGUUGAAAGUUUAGCAAGAGCUCGCGAUGCGGUCUUGGCUGGAACGGAACCGUCUGAUGCAAUUCGAGUUGUUAAUGCUCUUCUAACCCAAAUUGAUAUCAUGAAAAGGUAUCCAAAUGUCUUAAUAUUGACCACCUCCAACCUGUCAAACUCAAUUGAUCUAGCUUUCGUAGAUCGAGCUGAUUUGAAAAUCUAUAUUGGACCACCUGAAGUCUCCGCUAUUUACAAAAUUUACUCCUCGUGCUUGGAGGAACUCAUCAGAGUGAAAGUGAUAGACUGUCAAGGAAAAUCAAAACCUCACUGGCACACUUAUACCGAUGCCAUUAAAAUGCUGGAUGGAAAGACAGAAGAUGAAAUCAGUGAAUGUUUGAGAAACAGCAAGCAUUUGCUGGAAGUAUCAAAAUCUAGUGUUGGGUUGAGCGGACGCACUCUUCGAAAAGUUCCUUUCUUAACUCAUGUCAAAUUUAUCGGAUCUCAUAUUGUCACUAUUGAACAGUUCUUAAACGCAAUGCUCAAAACUGUAGAGGAAUGUAAAGAAGAAAUCAAUUGCUUCGUUAAAAAAGAAUCAUGUUAAUAGUGCACCUGCAUCGUUUGAUUUUCAAAAGUUUUCAUCAGCUGUCAUUCUUAUAGAAAUACAGUACUUUCUCUUCAUGACACCGCUUGUUAUGACGAAAAUUUCUCAAAAACGAAAAAUGGUUGAGCCCGUUGCCAAUUGAUUAUUGAAACAGGUAUGGUAACACCUUUUUUCAAAAUACUAUCAUCCAAAAUAGCAUUCUAAUUCUAUUUGCUGAAAGAUAUAUCAACCCUAGGUAUAGAUUUUUAAAACAUCCUCGUGAUUACUUAAAUUUGAAAGGAGGAGGAUUCCCAAAAUUCAUCAGUUAGUUUUGGAUUGAAAAAUAAAAAUCAGGAAUUAUUUGAAACUUCAACUGUUAGGUCAAAUGUUUGGUGUCAACUGUCACCUUACCCUCCAUAUACUCAACAUACAAGGUACUUUAUUUUGAUGUUUGAAGGAUUUAAAAUGCUGCUGACAAACUAUUUGGAAAUCAAACAUUUUAAGAGAAGGCCUCCAACAUUUAUAGAGUACCAGACAACAUGUGAAAUUAUGCAGCAUGAUUUAUGUUUUCUCAUCAAAAUUUUACGUAAAAAUAAGUAUGUCAGAACAACAAAAAUUACUGAAAGUAUCGCCUAACCAAGAUAUUGAUGUUGUUGAUAUAUGAGUUCUAACUUCCCACUUGUAAAAAAACCAUUAUCUACUUGAGUUGAAUCGCACACUGAACAUUACCUUGACAGUCCAUGCAGAGUGAAAAUAUGAUAACUUCAAUCUGGGAGCUAUGGCCUAGCUGUUAAACGUUAUUUACUAUUUGAACAACAUAGGUUGGGGUUUUUAUACCAACCUAUGUUGAGGAGCCUAUGUCGGCUUAUUGAGAAGCCUGGCACAACUAUAGGUGCGUUGUUAAAUUACUUUUGCUGCCCAACAAAAAUGGCCGAAUCUUAGCGGGAUUGACGUCAUCUCAACGACGACUUCAGCUCAACAGACGGGAGAAAAUCGAGGUGUCGUUGUUAAAUUCCCGUGGGAUUCUGCGGAUUUGGAGGUUAAGUUUUAUUGAAAUUUAAGAUUUUAAACAUUUAAAAAUCUUAUUAACACCCACAUUAUUACAAAAUUGACGCAAUUAACGAUUAUAAGCAAUUGCAAGUCAGUCUGGUGACGAACUUGUGGCGAAGAAAUGCGAAAAAAUGGCGGUUAUGGAUGUAAACAAUAACAUUACAACAAUCCAGCAAACUCGGCAGCGGUCCGAAGCAGCCAAAAACCUCGCUGAGCUGUUGGGCAUUUUGCUGAGCAGCCAUCUUGGAAAACGGGUAAAUCCACCAGAAUUUACCAACGCUUUCGUUGACAACGCUCAGCGGGUAAUUUUCGUUGGGCAGUUGUGGACUUUAACAACGCAUCUUAUGGUAGCGUGUUGUUUGAUUCAUGUUGACUCUAGUUGUUCUUGUGAGUGGGAAAUUCAAAUGUUUCGUUAUUAAUAUGGUUAAAAACAUUACAUCUCAGUCAGGACUUAAUUUCAGGAAUUUCUGCUGCGCGAAUCAUGUUUUACAAGAAAUUUUGAAGAGGAAGCAUUUCAGAAUGAUGAAAUUUGUACCUUGUCCAGUGGUUCAUAAAAAAUCAUGAACAUUAGAAAUAGGGUCAGAAGCUGAUCAAAUUGUUCACAAAACGAUAGAAAUUACUAUUUCAACGGGCAUCUCGUCUGUGAGGUUAUUUCAGCCGUAGAUCUCUUUUAUUUAAGAACUAUCAACGCCUAAUAUUUUUUCAAUAAGCUUGUAUCAUAGUUUUUAUUUUAAGUUUAUUUUUUUGAAAUCAGUUGGUCCCAAGUUUGGCGGACUUAAAAUUGUAUAUUCUUAUAGAUUUUAAAAGAUGAGCUUAUCAGUUAGUUUGAAAAUCACUGUGAUAAUAGUUUAUGACUUGCUGCAAUUUUCAUCUUUCGAACUCUUAUUAGUGUGUGCAAGCUUAGAGAAUUCACCUAGUGUUUAAGAUGUAUUUGUGUCAUCAAUGUGAUCGUGUAUUCUAUUUUACUAGGAGUUUUUAAUUUUUACAGAGGUCUGUGAUUUCAAUUUUUUUUUUAAAUUUUAAGUAUGAUUGUGUGCAAAUGUUUUUGAGUUGAGUGGUGAUGUCUAUCAUUAUGUUGGUGUCCAUUUUAGCUCCUUUUCAGUACAAUAGAUGUCAUCUUCCAAUUCGUGCAUUUCAGCAACCUCUGAUGGCGGCCCCCCCCCUUCCCCCGUGGGCUACUCUUCUCCAUUAUGAAAUGGGUUUGAUUUUUUCAUGUAUAAUUAUCAAAGUUUGUCCUUUCAAGAUUUUCAAUCAUGUUCAAACUUUGAAAGUUAUCAUUUUUAGUUCUUCCAUGUGUGAAUUUGAAGUUUGAUAAAAUAUAAAAUGAGUGAAGCAUAUUUGAAGGAUGCAGUCGUGCAUUUCUAUUAGAGUUGAAGUUUAUUGAUUGCUCAGUGCCUCCUGUUUAUUUUCUUACGUAAGUAUUAUGUUUUCAAUCAGGAACUCCUCAUGGUUUCAAAAUUAAAUAGCCUGUUAUGCUUUCCCUUUUUUAGCUGCAAUAACGAGUAAAGUUCAAAAUAAUGUUUCAUGAUUUAUCACCUUUUAUGACUCCGUAAUGGCUGUAAUAUUAUUUUUUUCUGAAAAACUUAACCUCUCAGAAGAAAACGAAUGAAUAAAUUAUAAUUCUUAUAACUGAUUUUAUGAUAUCCAAAAUGUUUUAAAAAAAUAGAAUGUAAGUCAUAUGACCAACAAACCAUGUAAAUUAUACAAUUUUAGCUAUCAUUAUGCCAUGAGAAACAAAUAAUAGACAUUUCCUAGAAGAAGAAA